AUGCCGACGCUGACGAAGCUGUACAGCAUGGAGGAGGCCGCCCUCCACAACACGCCCGAGGACUGCUGGGUCGUCGUCGACGGCAAGAUUUAUGACGUGACCAAGUAUUUGGAAGACCAUCCUGGGGGUGCCGAUGUUCUGCUCGAAGCAACCGGUAAGGAUGCUACAGAAGAAUUUGACGAUGCUGGGCACAGCAAGAGUGCCAAGGAGCUAAUGCAGGACUACUUGAUUGGGGAGUUGGACCCAACUCCUGAGAUUCCUGAGAUGGAGGUUUUCAGGAAGGAGCAGGACACGGGAUUUGCCAGCAAGCUUAUGGACAACGUGGUGCAGUACUGUGCAAUCCCAGCAGCUGUAAUUGGGAUAUCAGCUGUUGUUGCCAUAUUGUACGCGCGAAGGAAGUGA